CGUAGGUGUACUAUGACCACUACUGCUGGGAUUCAGGGUACACUCCACCGUUCAGACAGCACAAGUCGGCAUAAACCACGGCAAUAACGGACAGGGAGAACUGUAGAGUACAGAAUGCAGUUGACAGGCAAAGUGGCUCUGGUGACUGGUGGAGCUCAGGGGAUUGGGAAGGGGUUGUGUGAAGCUCUACUGAAGAAGGGAGCCAAGGUUUGCGUCACAGAUCUUAACCCUGAGCAGGGGGAGACAACUGUGAAAGAGUUCACAAGUCAGCAUGGUGAUGGUAAAGCAAUCUUCAUACAGUGUGAUGUGACAUCUCAGGAACAAAUGGACAGUGCCUUUUCAAAAUGCAAGGAAACAUUUGGCAACAUCGACAUUGUGUGCAAUAAUGCUGGACUAGGACAUGAAAUCAAAUGGGAAUUGACAGUGGAUAUCAAUUUAAAAGGUGUCAUUCGUGGUACAUUACUAGGAAUACAGUACUUACGCAAAGACAAGGGAGGGAAAGGUGGUGCGGUCAUCAACAUGUCCUCAUCAGCAGGUUUAACUCCUGUUCCUUUUGCUCCUGUGUACUGUGCUACCAAACAUGCUGUUCUCGGCUUCACAAAAAGUUGGGCUCUACAUCCUGACCAAGAAGCCAUGGGUGUUCGCUUCUUGACAGUGUGCCCUUCCUUUGUGGAGACACCCCUGAUACACUGUACGGACCACGGAGAGAUGUACCACCCAGACAAGGCUCGGCAGUUCAUGCAGAAAACAGGCAUCAUGAGUGUUGAUUUUGUGGCCGACUCAAUGAUAAAACUGCUGGAGGAUGACACCAACAAUGGAGCUGUGAUGAAGUUAACCAAAGCCAGUGGAGUAGAGUUCAAAUAGAGUUUCUCACACUACUCAAAUUUUUAUUUUUCAGUCCCCUUUUUGUUUUUACUUCAAAACCAAAAAAAUAGAAAACCAAAAAAAUAAAAAAAUAAAAAAAAAAUUAAAUAUUAAAGAGUAUUGAGAAAUGUUUUUUCCGAUGCAAGCAUAUGACAAGGGAACAUAAACCUGCACAAUUACCAACUUUGUCCAU